UCUCAACAAUUUCGAUUGAUAUUUUGUUUCCGGUAAUAAUUGCGGGACAUCCUGGUCCAUUUAUUUCCGUUGUGUUCACAAUUCAAGGGAGAAGUUAUGGCUGUCUGAGGAUUUUUGGAAACAAUGAGUAAUUAUCAGUUCAUCGUUUUUUCAGAGAAAGGUCAGAAUGGGAUAAAGUCGAAAGAGGUUUCGAGGUCAUCAUCAUCGGAGAUUGUUCCUCCCUCGAGUCCAAAACAGCUGAUCACUCCUCCAGAUGAAAACACCCACCCACACCGUCGGGAUUCAAAGAAACAAAUUCGGAUUGAACCGAGUGGUUCGCGCAGACGCGAAAUUCCCGGGGAUGAUCUCCAUGCUCAUCAGCAGUAUCAACAGGAUUCCGGGGACAACGCAGGCGCAUCGAAACGUGGCGGGAAAUCAACGAGUGGAAAAGCUAAAAUACCAAGACCAGCGAAUGCUUUCAUGCUCUUCGCUAAUCACUGGAGGAAAAAACUCGCUGCUGAUAAUCCUAGGGAGUCUAACAAGGACAUCAGCGUUAGAUUGGGGACACUCUGGAAGGGACUCAAUAAAUCGGAGAAGGAGAAGUAUUUUGCACUUGCUCGGGAAGUCGAUGCUGAACACAAACGGAAAUAUCCUGAUUACGUAUACAAUCCGAAGGAAGCCCGAUUGCGGAAGGCAAUGCGCGAGCAGAACCGCGAAUUAUCGAGGCAGUCGGUUUUAUCAGCGCCAAUUUCAACCCCCGACAAUUCAACAAGCAACACCGGCAGCAAUUCUACACCAGUCUCAACGAAUUUUGUUAAUCUAUCAAUGACGUGUUCAUCAACACCACCAACCGCCCAGAGUGGCUCAUCAUUGCCUGGAAAUUCCUCGUACAAUUCUGGAAGGAUCAAUCAAUGGUUUCCCAUCAGUCAUUCAACACCUGCUGAUCAUGUUAAACAGAUGAUCCCUUACAGAAUGAUGCAGGCCCACCAGCGGACCUUCGACAAGACAAAAGAGAUUUUGAGAAAGCAGUCGUCCCUGUCGGAGUGUGCAGGGGCUUUUCCCCCAUCGACUUGUUAUCCAGGUGAUUUUUCUCUUCACGUGUCCACCCAGCCAUCAAGAAUUUCCCCGGUUGGCAGUGAAACACGUACCAAUGGAACUGGCCUCGAGAGCAACGAUUACUGCGGCAUUGGGGAAUUUACGGACGGCCAGAAGUGGCAUCCUUACCAGAGCGCUCCGACAACCUACCACUCGCGCAGUGGACCAAUGACGAAAAUAUCCACUCGUCAUGCCAUGCAAAAUGUCAACACUGUUAAUUCUCAUGUACAGGGGCCAUGGAAUCAAUUUUGCGGAGUGCCAAUGUCCCCAAUGGCUGCGCAGAAUCCUCUGAUCCGUAGCCCAAGGCACAUGGUACAGGUCCAAGACCAGGAACGACACUGUUUUCCCGAUGAACUUCCUCUGCCCUACGUCACCAAUAAAAUGGAUUUGCCGCCAAGAAUGCCACCGAACUACCCCCAAUCGACUUAUCGGGAAAAAUGCAUUGACGACACCUCGAGGUGGCAGGGUGGAAAUCCAGAGGCUCCAGUCAACCAUUCAGUGAUGCAGGGAGAGGCGCAGGUCGAGGAGGUGCAGAACGAACCGAAGACGGAGUCUAAUGAUUAUGAUGAUGACGAAGGUGAGAAGCCGGAGAUGCCAUCGGUACAGCCUCUACCUGGUUUUCAUCAGGCUUUUGGAUCCACGGAAAUCGGGAGAUUCUCCAGAUCCGAAUUCUUUGCCAAUAUGGUCAGUGAGAAUGGAAGUCUAAUCCCUGAAGGUUAUUUCUUCCCAUCCAUGAUCCCUUACCCUCAUAAAAAGCCGUCGGCGGAAGAAACUCCGGCGCCUAACGAUUGCUACUGGAUCGGACCCAUCCUUGGAUUUCCAAUGGCUAACAUAACAAAUCCUUCGAAAUGUCCCACGUACAUGGAAUUACCCCCUCGCAUAAAUCGCGAUUGGAUGUUCCCCACUAGGUUGAUGCCCCAGGAUCAUGCCCCGAUGAUGGAGAGGCCCGAUUUUCUAUUUCACGAGGGCUAUCCCCGUUUCAAUAUUCCCGAACGAGUGCACUUUAAGGAGCGACAAGUUCAAUCAGAGAUUCAAACGAGAACCAGAGCAAGUGAAUCUGGUGAACGCCCGGAAACGGAAGAUGACGAUCAGUUAAUUAAUGUAGACGAUGAUUAAUGAAGAUUUCGAUAAACAAAACGAAAGGGGAAGCCCAUUCCAUCGAUUAACAAAAUAAUAAACCCCCAAGACUUGAAGGAUUCAUCCCUUACUCAAAUGAAAAAAGAAAACAAUUUUCCCAUUUUUAAUUACUCGAAGAUAUGACUGUGAGAAUAAUGAAGAAUAA